AAACGAGAGAAGCGAAAAAACGAGAACGCAAAAGACGGCUCCCGUUUCGCAUCGCUUCUUCUCCUUUUUCCCUUCCCUCGCGUCGCCCCCGCGAUCCGAAGACGAGGCACUGACUAUUCUCCCUCGGAUAAGGCCGACGGGGAUCGAGCCUCGGGCAGAUGGACGACGGGCGCUGAGGCGCUCUCUCUCUAUCUCUCUCCUUCCGGGGGGAGCGGAGAGGGAGGCAGGGAGAAGCACAUGGGGAACUAUCUUUGCUUUGGGUUUAGACGAUCCAAACGGGAGGAUCCGGCAAAAGAAACAGCUCAAAUUGGUAAACCUUCCUUCUCACGGUCCCCUAUCAGAGAACAGAAAGAUUCAGAGGUAAUCAGCAAACCUCUUCCAUUGCCUGUGCCAGCCCAAGAUGUGGAAGACUCAAGUCAUAUGCCUGGCCAUCGGAAUGUUCAAAUAUUUACGUAUAAUCAACUGAAAUUGGCUACCAAGAAUUUUCGUUCCGAUCAAAUACUGGGUGAGGGCGGGUUUGGGUUUGUAUAUAAAGGUGCUAUAGAUCGUCAUAUAAAGCAUGGUUUUCCAUAUACUCAAGUGGCUGUUAAAGAGCUUAAUCCAGAAGGACUACAAGGAGAUAAGGAAUGGCAGGCAGAAGUCAACUAUCUUGGGAAUUUUAGUCAUCCAAACCUCGUCAAACUUUUUGGCUACUGCUGCGAGGAUGAACAUAGACUCCUUGUAUAUGAGUACAUGGCCGGUGGAAGCUUAGAACAUCACCUAUUUACAAGUGGCUCCAUCGCCUUGCCAUGGUUGACUCGGAUCAAAAUCGCUUUGGAUGCUGCAAAAGGUCUUGCCUUUCUUCAUGGAGCUAAACAACCCAUCAUCUAUCGUGAUUUCAAGACAUCAAACAUCUUGCUCGAUGCGGAGUACAAUGGAAAGCUUUCAGACUUUGGGCUCGCGAAGGAGGGCCCUAUUGGAGAGCAAACACAUGUCUCGACCAGAGUCAUGGGAACUCACGGCUAUGCAGCUCCUGAGUAUAUACUAACGGGCCAUCUGACGGCAAAGAGCGACGUGUAUGGUUUCGGGGUGGUGCUGCUGGAGCUGCUCAUCGGCCGGAAGACAUUGGACGACAGCCGGCCGGGUCGGGUGCACAACCUCGUCGACUGGGCCCGGCCCCUCCUCCUCCGCAGCAACAAGCUGUUCAAGAUCAUCGACCCCCGGGUGGACGGGCAGUACACCGCCGAGAUCCUCCUCAAACUGUCCCGCCUCGCCUACGACUGCCUCAGCCAUAACCCCAAGGUGCGUCCCCACAUGAGCGAGGCCGUAACCAUCCUCGCCGACUUGCUCGACUGCGAGCGGUCCGCCCUCCGCAUCGCCGCCUCACCGAAGGUUCUCGAGGAUGCAGCGGCGGGGACGGAGAGGAAGAGAGAGUCGGAGGAGCAUGGCAGGAGGACCAGCAAUCCUCUAGGCGACGGAGGUCUCCAGCCUUGAGGACCUGAGGUCCCAAAGGAUCGCACAGCAGGGCGGAGGAGAAAGCAAUAGACUUGUAACCAUUUUUUCCUCCCAAAUAUCUCAUCUUCCCGCCUUGAUUUUAGAGAGUGAAAUUUAUUGGAACUGAA